UUUAAAGUGCAUGGAUCAGUUGGUCCGCCGAAUGUGCUUAGCUGGUAACCCGAAAGGAGGAGUAGGGUUGUGUUUUGUUCCGAUAUAUGUGACUAAGUUAAAUUAUAUUUGGAAGGAACCUGAAGAAAAGUUAUAAAAUAAGGAACAAAAAGUUGCAAGUAUGGGUGAGCCACAGCAGGUCAGCGCCCUUCCCCUGCCGCCGAUGCAGUACAUCAAGGAAUAUACAGAGGAGAAUAUUCGCAAGUGCCUUGCGCCUCCGCCCCCUCCUCCCGUCAAGGACAGUUACAUGAUGUUUGGCAACCAGUUUCAGUGUGACGAACUUAUUAUCCGCCCCUUAGAGAGCCAAGGCAUUGAGCGUCUUUACCCUAUGCAGUUUGAUCACAAGAAAGAACUGAAGAAACUGAACAUGUCCAUCCUGGUCAACUUUCUGGACCUCUUAGACAUCCUUAUUAAAAGCCCAGGAAGCAUCAAAAGAGAAGAGAAGCUGGAAGACCUGAAACUGCUCUUUGUCCACAUGCAUCAUCUCAUAAACGAGUACCGGCCUCACCAAGCCAGAGAGACGUUGCGGGUCAUGAUGGAGGUACAGAAACGGCAGCGGCGGGAGACGGCUGAACGCUUCCAGAAGCAUUUAGAAAGGGUGCUAGAAAUGAUCCAGGGCUGUCUAGCGUCUCUUCCGGAUGACUUGCCCCAGUCGGAGGGUGCAGACGGGGGAGCAGUGAAACUGAAAAGCGAACCCAUGGAUGUGGAUGAAGUGAUUGGACAGAUGGACAAAGAGAAGGAAACGGUCUCUGCAAAAAAGGAUCAACUUUGUGACAAGGAUGCAGCCAUGUGUAGCAUCAUUGAUGAGAUGACAUAACUGCAUGGGAACAGUUUUGUGCUCUUAAGCUAGCCUGUAAAAACAAUCUCUUCCCAUGCAAUUCGAAAGGGAAAUACUUCACGUUCCCAUCAACGGAUUUCUUUCAAAUAAAAACAACUUUACUGCCAGUUAAAGGACAUUUAAAUCUGAUGUUACGAGAGAAGAAAGGGAGAGGAAAGCUAGUGUCGUGCAGAUAAGCAAGAUACAGUUUUACUUUGGAACAUAGAACAUGCAGUCAAAAUGCUGUUCAAGAAACAUUCCCUUAUGUAUUUAUUUAACUUUUUUUACAGGCUCCGAUUAGCACAAAUCUGUAACUACCUUACCUUUAACAUUAGGCAGUCCAGUAUGUGUGUAGUGCUGCCAGUGACCGGGAGAGGUGAUCGAUGACAAAUGCAUCAACAAUUCUGCUUAUAAAUUAUGGUUUGAUUUAGUCUAGAUUUUCUUUAGUAAAAUUAAUUUUAAGUUUCCACAUGAGGCCAUACAAAUGUUAACUACAGAGAAAAUGGCUCCUGAACUACCUUCCCUUUGACAUUAGGCAGUCCAAGAUUUGUGCUAAUGUGUCAAAUACCAAAAACAGUAGCUAAACUUCUACAGGUAUUUGUAUUGUGGAAAUUCUGAGGUUCCCGUCAGUCAGGCAUAGCAAAUAAUGUUCUAUACUCUUUUUCCCUGCAUGGUAUAAAGAAACUGGCCCUCAUGAGCAUUUCCCAGUCAUUAACAGCACAUUAUACACUGUAGAUAAACUGUGUUCCCUGUAUUGGCACCAUAUUCAAAACCCAGCACAUAAAUAUAUGCAGAGGUGCGGUGGGUGUGGAUUUCAGACCAUUGGGGGGAGGGGGGGAAUUGUUAAUGCGUUGGCACCCUAAAAAUAAAAAAAUCUAGCACAGAACCUUAUAAACCAAAAUGCUUCUUUCUAUUUUUCAAGCAGUCGGCAGGAUGACGUAAUGGUAGGAUAUGGCAGUGAAUGUGUUCAGUCGACUAUGCUAUGGCUGUUUUCUGACCUUAAACUUUAUUUCAGAACCACAAAUGCAUUUACUUUUCAGUACUGUUUUUGUAAAGGAAAAAUUUUGUACAACCAAGAAUCACUAUGUAAAAAAAAAUCAAAUGUAUUUUCUUCCAGAAAAGCUUUUAUGAAGAAUCAUUUGUUAAAGACAUUUCAGAAGUCUUUUUUUUGUGUAUAUAAACUCUGUUCUAUGUUUGUGUUUAUUUUCCUGUUAUGAAAUUUGUUUAAUAAAAUGUGUGAAAUGCAAUGUACAUAAAAAUUAUGUUGAACCUUCUACAGUGUGAGUACAGUGCUUAUUAUGAUUACUGUUUACCUUGAGGAAUGGUUGCAUCUUAAACAUAACAUUACAAAAAUUCAGGAACGCGCAAUACUUUUUCUACCAAAGUGGGAUACUGACUCAGUACUUCAGACAACCACCUGCUGUUAUUUCUGCUGUCUAAGGUUGUAGUUCCUUUUCAUUUUAACCAGGAAUUUGUAUGUAAAAUCUGCAUUUCAUUUCAUUUCCCUUGAGACUAUAUUUUCUGUGGUGUCAAUUUUGGUCAAAUUAAGUUAAAAUACAAACAACAUGCUUUAAGACCAAGGCUUAAAACAAACAAACCAAAAUGAUCUGUUUGUAGUUUCUGGCAAUGGUUAUUAAAAAUGAACCUCUCAAUUGUUA